AAUAGCAGUUGCUCCGGCUGUUUUCAUUAGCAGGAUGAAUGUAUAUAUAUUAGUGGUCCCACUAAUUUUUUUUUAGAUGAUAGAGUUACAUUACCUAGUAAUGCAACAAUUGAAACAGGCGUGAUUGUUUGGGCGACAAACAUAUCCUUUUCCUAAGUCCAGGGUUAUGUACAUGUAAAAAUGGUGAUGAUACUCGCAGUUGUUGAUUUUAUGAGGGCCAAGCAUAUUGACGUAUUCCGAUAGCGAAAGCGUUAUAGCUCAAGCAAGUAUCGAAAUCAUUACUUUUCUUCUUUCAAGGUGAUGGAGUGAUGAACACUCUUUGUCCUGCUUUUUCCACAUGGAGGGGAGCCAAGGUACUGUCACCCACAGAUUUUCAAAUUUUAUUGUGAUGGGUUUCUCUGAUAGACAUGAGGAGGUGUGCCGUUAUUUUCUUGGGAUAUUCUUUUCCUCACUUUUCUUGUCAUGCCUGCUUGGGUUUCUCUCCGAUUCGUUUACCGUUCCUUAUUGGAAGAUAUUUGAGCCAAAGUCUUCAUUCUUCAUCCAAUACCAGACCUUUUCCCAAUUAUUCUCCAAAAAGGCCCACCAUUUUAGACGCUCAACUUGUUCAUCAAAUCUCAAAUGCAAUAAAGUUGCGUCACUCUGAGCCCCUCCGGCACAUUCUAAAACCGUAUGAGUCCAAGUUUAGGUCUGACCACCUAAUUUGGGUUCUCAUGAACAUCAGACAUGAUUAUAAAUUGGCUUUAGAUUUCUUUGACUGGGCAUGCCUGCGCAGAGACCCAAACCUUGAAGCCCGUUGCAUAAUUGUUCAGAUUGCUGUGGCCUCAAAGGAUCUAAAAUUGGCUCAUGAUCUUAUUUGUGAUUUUUGGGCAAAACCCAAUUUGGAUUUUGGUGUUUCAUUCACUCAUUUUGUUGACCGGUUAAUAUACACUUACAAGGAAUGGGGUUCAGACCCCCAUGUAUUCGAUAUUUUCUUUCAAGUCCUGAUUGAAGUUGGGAUGCUUGAUGAAGCAAGAAGUUUUUUUGACAAGUUAUUGAAUUAUGGAGUGGUUAUCUCUACAGAUUCUUGUAACUUAUAUCUCACACGCCUAUCAGACAAUUUUGAUAGGCUUCGGAUUUCUAUAAAGGUAUUCAAUGAAUUUCCUCAGGUUGGUGUCUGUUGGAAUACUGCAUCAUGCAACAUCAUUAUUAAUUCUCUUUGUCGGUUAGGAAGAGUUAAAGAAGCCCAUUGUUUGCUCAUGCAAAUGAAGUUUAGAGGCGACGCUCCUGAUGUUGUAAGUUAUAGUACUGUAAUCAAUGGGUAUUGCCUUGGUGGGGAGCUGCAAAAGGUGCUGAAGCUCAUCCAAGAAAUGCAAAUGAAGGGAUUGAAGCCAAACUUAUAUACCUACAACAGCAUAAUCCUUCUUCUGUGUAAGAGUGGUAAAGUUGAUGAUGCUGAAAGGGUCUUGAGGGAGAUGAUAAACCAAGGAAUAGUUCUCGACACCGUGGUCUACACAACUCUAAUUGAUGGUUUCUGCAAGUUAGGGAAUAUCCAAGCUGCUUACAAGUUGUUUGAUGAAAUGGAGAAGCAGAGAAUUGUUCCUGAUUUUAUAGCAUAUACUGCUGUUAUUUGUGGGCUUUGUAGAUGUGGAAAGAUGAUGGAUGCAGAUAAGGUCUUUAACAAAAUGUUUAGCAGAGGAGUGGAACCAGAUGAAGUUACAUAUACAACACUUAUUGAUGGCUAUUGUAAGUCAGGGGAGAUGGAAAAGGCCUUUUCCCUUCACAACCAGAUGGUCCAAAGUGGGCUGACUCCAAAUGUUGUCACGUACACUGCACUUGCUGAUGGCCUUUGUAAGCUUGGGCAGGUAGAUACAGCAAACGAGCUCCUUCAUGAAAUGUGCGGAAAGGGUCUUCAAUUGAAUAUCUGCACUUAUAACUCGCUUGUUAAUGGCCUUUGUAAAUCAGGAAAUAUCAGGCAAGCAGUAAAGUUGAUGGAAGAAAUGGAGGUGGCCGGGAUGUAUCCUGAUACCAUUACUUUUACCACUUUAAUGGAUGCUUAUUGUAAGACAGGGGAGAUGGUUAAGGCUCAUGAGCUUCUGCGGGAAAUGCUGGAUAGAGGACUUCAACCCACAGUAGUUACAUUCAAUGUGCUCAUGAAUGGGUUUUGUAUGUCAGGAAUGCUGGAAGAUGGUGAGAGGCUACUAGCAUGGAUGUUGGAGAAGGGUAUAAUGCCAAAUACCACCACCUACAAUUCUCUUAUGAAGCAGUACUGCAUUAGAAAUAAUAUGCGUGGCACGACAGAGAUUUAUAAGGGAAUGUGUGAACGGGGAGUAAUGCCUGAUAGCAACACCUAUAAUAUUUUGAUAAAAGGGCAUUGUAAAGCAAGGAAUAUGAAAGAAGCAUGGUUUUUGCACAAAGAAAUGGCUGAGAAGGGGUUUAAUCUCACAGCUAGUUCUUACAAUUCCAUCAUCAAGGGUUUUUUCAAGAAGAAAAAGAUUUCAGAGGCUAGAGAACUAUUUGAAGAGAUGAGAAGAGAAGGGAUGGCUGCUGAUGCAGAAAUAUACAACCUCUUUGUGGAUAUAAGCUACGGAGAAGGGAACAUGGAAACUGCACUUGAGCUCUGUGAUGAAGCAAUAGAGAAUUGUUUUUUGAACAGAAUCAAGAAAGAAAAGCAAUAGUUUUGCUUUGCAUUUUAUGCAAGAUUUUUUAGAUCAACAUAGACAGUCAUUACUCCUUACCAAGUCGGCUGGAGAUUGUUCAAGAUCAACGAUUUUGAUUGUAACCAAACUUGACUUCCGCUGGUUGUGGACACGUUGCUUUGUGAAUUGUGGCACCAGCACCUCCACCACCAAUCUCUUCCAAGAUUUUGUAUGCAUUUGGGUAUGUUGGGUAUAAGAGUUGAACACUUUUGGAUUCUAGGUCUACUUCAUCAGCCAUGGAUGAAGUUGACAUUGCUUUGGUCUAGAUCUUGAAUAGGUUUGUUUUUCUUGUGAAGUCUCAUGUUUGAGAAAUGAGUGUGAGAUGAUGCAUGGCAUGGGAAUCAAGAUUUUACAUACACAAGGCAAUGGAGAAAUUAACAGAGAGGCCAACCCGCUCAGUUCCAGGGAUUCGAUAAGCAGGAGCUAGCCUGUGCUGGGUUUCUUGUACCUCAUGGCUUGGGAUUUCUUCUUUCGGAAUAACAAUGGAGGUAGGAAAAGAAUAAGGAGAAAAGGAUCGAUUGAUUAAGUUGGCAAAAAUAUUGCAGAGCAAAGAAGAUAAUCAAGAGCUUUGUUUUGGUUCCUAAUUAAUAUCUAAUUUUCAUUCUUUAUGAAAUUUUUAAUGAGUAUUUAAUCAUCAAAUUCCUGUUGUAUCCGUUUUUAGAUAGUUUUUUGACGGAAUUUGAUUUGGUAAAAACUUGGUAGGGCCAUCACAACCUGAUCGAUCAAGCCAUGCCAAUUCCAAGAAAUAGUUUAUAUUUUUGUUCAAAAUAACAUUAUUUUUAUUGACUUAUGAAUUAACUCGUAUAACUUGUGAAUUAGAUGCGAAUAACAUUUGACCU